CCUGACCCUCAGCCACACACAGGGCCGGGGGGCAACCUCGGGGUUGGGCUCUAACCCCUUGGUCCACUGAUUGGCUGUCUGGGCAGCAGGUCGCAAGUGAUUGGUCACUGGCCCAAGUGCCUUGGCACUUGCACGAGGCGCACGUCCUCACUUCCUGAGGAGAUUGUGAUGGCGGCAGAAGCAACUAGGGUUGGGCUCACCUCCUCUACCUACAUACAAGUGGAGAGUAAGCGCCUGCCGUGGGGUACUACCGAGGUCCAGUGAACUCGCUGCGGAAUAAGCGUGUGCAGAACUUCCGGUCAAUACCAGGAACUUCAGUGUGGACAUACUUUUGGGAACUGUACUUGUUAAUAACUGAAGAAGGAAUUAUAUGCCCUGAUCGUGAAGAUGAAGAACUGCUUUCCAGAGUUUAAAAAGAUGGCUGAUCAUGAUCAGGAGACUAAAACUACAGAAGAAAUUGAUGAAGCAUUGAAGAUUGCAGGCUAUAAUUUUGAACAAUUAAGUAUUGCUAUAAAAAUGCUUGAACACACCCAGCAUCAAACAAAAGAGGAGACAGAUGGUCUUAUAAAGGUUGUGGAGAAACAAUUUGAUAAACUUUUUGCUUCUCUAGUUUCCAGGAAAAAGAACUUAUGUGAAGAACUUGUCAGAAAUAUGGAUGAUUAUUUAUCACAUUUAAUAAUGGCCAAAAGCUAUAUUGAAGAGAAAAAAAAAGAUUUGGAUGCAGCUAUGAAGAUAGCAAAAGAAUUAAAAUCAGCACCAUCUCUGAGGACAUUUUGUGACCUUAACCAGAUUAUCCAGACUUUGAAGUUAACAUUUGAGAGUGAAUUGUCCCAAGUUAAUUUUCUAAAGCCAAGGAACCCUCCCAGGUUGAAUAUGAAUUGCAAUGAGAUUAUCUGUAUGUUAAGCAAUAUGGGAAAGAUUGAAUUUGAAGAUUCAACAAAAUAUUAUUCCCAAGAAAAUGAGGCUGGACAUAAUGUUCAAAAGAAGAAUAAUAGUAGAAAAGAACUUUCAUGUGAUACAUACUCAUCCCUGGAAAAGAAACAGGUUGAUUUGUCUGUCCUGACCAGUGAAACACCAGCACCUCCUUUGCAACUAGAGACCAGUGACAUACAAGCCGAAGGGAAAAACAGCCAGCCACCCAAGGAGGUGGUGACAGUGACAUCCCCUAAAACCAUUGCUGUGCUGCCUCAGAUGGGGUUGAGCCCUGAUGUGAUAAUUGAAGAAAUUAUUGAAGAAAACCUGGAAUGUUCCCCAGAGUUGGUUUUUGUAAGCCAUGUAAUACAUCCUUGCCACUUCUACAUUCGGAAAUAUUCACAAGUGACAGAUACAACAAUAUUGGAGAAGAAAGUGAAUCAAAUUUGCAGUAAGAGUUUACAUCUUGAUCCUUCAGAUGUCUUGGAACUAGGUGCAAGAAUAUUUGUUAGCAGUGUCGCAAACAGAAUGUGGUGCCGAGGAACUAUCACUGAAUUAAUUCCAAUAGAAAGUAAAAAUACUAGAAAACCUGGUAGUUCAGCCAAAUUCUCAGUCCGUGAAGUUGCAGUUAUAGAAAUAUUUAUGAUAGAUUUUGGAAAUUCAGAAGUCCUAAUUGUCACAGGAGCUGGAGAUACCCCUGUGAGGCCAGAACAUAAUACUCAGCAGCAUGUUGUACUAAGUGAUUUAUGUCUGGUUCUAAGGAAGUCUGAAUCAUGUAUUGAAGAGUUGCUGAAAGACAUCCCACCAUUAGCUCACCCUUGCUCCUUGAAAGACAUUGUUCCACAUAAUUCAAGUAAAGGCUGGGAAGAGGAAGCUAAAGUGGAAUUUUUGAAAAUGGUAAAUAACAAGGCUGUUUUAAUGAAAGUUUUUGGAGAAGAAGAUGGUGUGCUUAUUGUAGAUCUGCAGAAACCACCAACAAAUAAAAUAAGCAGUGAUAUGCCUGUGUCUCUUAGAGAUGCAUUAGUUUUUAUGGAGCUAGCAAAGUUUAGGUCACAUUCACCAAGAAGUCACACUGAAAAUACAACUUUAUGCUAUCAUCCGCCUAUUUUGCCAAAAGAAAGGACAGAUGUUUCAGUUAUGGUUUGUUACAUAAAUAGUCCUACUGAUUUCUAUCUUCAGUUGGUAGAGAAUCUGGAUUUUUUACUGCUAUUAAAGACAAUUGAAGAAUUCUAUAGAAGUGAAGAUGGGGAAAAUUUGGAAAUUGUAUGUCCAGUUCAAAAUCAAGCCUGUGUAGCUAAAUUUGAAGAUGGAAUUUGGUACCGUGCAAAAGUCAUUGGAUUGCCUGGACAUCGGGAAGUUGAAAUUAAAUAUGUGGACUUUGGCAACACUGCUAAAAUAACACUUAAAGAGAUGCGUAAAAUAAAGGAUGAGUUUCUGAAUCCCCCAGAGAAGGCAAUUAAAUGUAAACUGGCAUAUAUUGAACCAUGUGAAAGAACUACACAGUGGUCCAAGAAGGCAAAAGAAAAAUUUGAAGAAAAGACUCAAGAUAAAUUUAUGACAUGUUCGGUUCUUAAAAUUCUGGAAGAUAAUGUACUCUUAGUUGAACUCUUUGAUUCCUUUGGUGCUCCUGGAAUGACUGCUACUAGUAUUAAUGACCAGCUAGUCAAAGAAGGCCUAGCAUCUUAUCAAAUAGGAUAUAUCCCCAAAGAUAAUUCUAAAAAGUAUGUUGAAAUAUGGGAUCCUUCUCCAGAAGAAAUUAUUUCACAUGAAGUAAACAACUUAAAUCCUGUAUCUAUAAAAUCUCUACCUAAUGAGAAUUUCCAAUUUCUUUAUAACAAGGAACUGCCUGUGCAUAUAUGUAAUGUCAUAUCUCCUCAGAAGAUUUAUGUGCAGUGGUUAUUAACAGAAAACUUACUUAAGAGUUUAGAAGAAAAGAUGAUAGCAGCUUAUGAAAAUUCAGAAUGGAAACCUGUUAAAUGGGAAAAUGAUAUGCACUGUGCUGUUAAGAUCCCAGAUAAACAUCAGUGGCAAAGAGGCCAGAUCACCAGAGUGGUUACAGACACAUUGGUAGAGGUCUUGCUGUAUGACGUAGGUGUUGAACUAGUAGUGAAUGUAAACUGUCUAAGAAAACUUCAAGAAAAUCUGAAGACAAUUGGAAGAUUAUCUGUGGAAUGCUCCCUUGUUGAUAUAAGACCAACUGGUGGGAGUGACAAGUGGACAGCGACAGCUUGUGACUGUCUCUCGUUGUACCUCACUGGAGCCAUCGCAACCAUCAUAUUACAGGAAAACAAUACAACAUGGCCAUUACCUGUGAAAAUUUUCUGCAGAGAUGAAAAAGGAGAGCAUGUUGAUGUCUCUAAGUACUUGAUUAAAAAAGGUUUGGCUUUGAGAGAAAGAAGAAUGACUAAAUCAGAUACUAUCCACUUACCUGAGACAUCUGAACAAAUUCCCAUGGAACAGGAAGAUUCAGUGGUUACUAAGUGUAUUAAAAUUAACUUUGACACUAACAAAAAGGCUGCUGAUGUAACCAGUAAACGCAGGAUAUUUGAAUGUAAGGAGAAAAUUUCAGAACCAAGAACCACUGGAUGCUAUAAACCACCAGUUAUUCCUAACAAGAAAGUAUUUGAGGCAAUAGUAAGCUGCAUUGGUGAUGAUGGAACUAUAUUCGUGGUGCCUAAGUUAUCAGAAUUUGAGCUACUAAAAAUGAUGAAUGAGAUUCAAAGCACUUUAAAAUGCCUGGGUCUUUUGGAGCCUUAUUUCUGGAAGAAAGGAGAACCUUGUGCAGUGAGAGGCUCUGACACUAUGUGGUAUCGAGGCAGAGUAAUUGAAGUUGUGGGCGGCACUAUCAGGGUACAAUAUUUAGAUCAUGGAUUCACUGAAAAGAUUCCGCAGUGUCACCUUUAUCCUAUUUUGCUAUACCCUGAUACACCCCAGUUUUGUAUUCCUUGUCAGCUCUAUCAUACCAUACCAGUUGGAAAUGUCUGGCAGCCAGAUGCAAUCGAGCUUCUUCAGGAGCUGCUUUCAAAGAGAGAGGUGGACAUUCACAUUAUGGAAUUGCCUGAAAAUCCAUGGGGGAAGUUACGUAUUCAUCUCUAUUUUGAUGGAAUGUCACUUUCCUAUUUUAUGGCACACCAUAAAUAUUGCAGUUUUGAAUAUUCUGAGGAAAUAUUUAAAGAAAAACCAACAGACUACAGAAAAUAUGAGGAAGAAAUAUGGGAAAUAAAAUUUGAGGAAUUGCUUCUGUCUGAAAUGGAGACUACUAUUUUACAACCGUAUUUGUCUUCAUCCCUGCCUCCUCCAGAAGAACUAUAUGGUGUUCAAGUGAAGCACAUUGUCUCUCCUAAUGAAGUAUACAUUUGCCUUGAUUCUGUAGAAAACUGUAGUCAGGUUAACCAUCCUAAGGACACCAGUGACAGUCAAGUUAGCUUGGGAUCAGAAUCGGAGAGCCUCGAAGACGCACUGCAGAGGUGUAACAAAAUUGUAAAGACACUUCCUCUGCUGACAGAUUUUACAACAGAAAUGCCUUGCCUUGCAGAAUAUGCUGAUGGCUUAUGGUACAGAGCAAAAAUUAUUUCCAUUAAAGAAUUUAAUCCUUUAUCUGUCCUGGUACAGUUUGUCGAUUAUGGAUCAACUGAAAAGUUAACACUACACAGACUGCGUCAGAUUCCUCCUCAUCUUAUGCAGUAUCCCGCCCAAGCCAUAAAGGUCCUCUUGGCAGGGUUUAAACCGCCCUUGAGGGACACAGGAAAGAUAAGAAUACCAUACUGUCCCAAGUGGAGCAUGGAGGCAUUGUGGACUAUGAUAGACUGUCUUCAAGGAAAACAGCUUUAUGCUUCUUCCAUGGCUCAGGCACCAGAACAAAUGGUAGCCUUAUAUGAAGAGGAACAGUAUCCAGUCUAUAUGCCAUUAGUAGACAUGGGACUUGCAGACAGGGAUGAAUGAUGUACAUGGAGCACAGCAUCUGUAGCAGCCCGGAGGAAACUACACUGCAUUCAGACCCUUUUGGACUGUUCUACAAUGGUGCUGUUCUUUCCCACCCUAAUCCUUAUAUGUUGAACUGUUAAAAGAGUUGUGAGAAAUAUCAGAAUAGUAAUAAAUA